ACCAGCUCGAUAGUGUUGAGCUAAUCGGAAAGUCCAACAUAGUAGACCCAGGAAGCCCUCUGGAGAGCUUAUUGUUUGUAUCCUAUCACUUAACCUUAUGGACAUUUAUUUCUCGCGUCGUUUCGUGUCCACUGGAGGCCCACGGGCUGGGACAAAUGUGGACGCCGACGAGAGAGGAGGGCUGUCUGUGUGCCUGUCAGCAUUACGGCGGAUAAAAUGUAACCCCAAAAUCGAGUAUUACUCCAGGUUUUCUCCGUCCCCGCUCUCCAUUAAGCAGUUUUUGGAUUUUGGCAGGAACAAUGCGUGUGAGAAAACAUCCUACAUGUUCCUGCGUAAGGAGCUGCCUGUGCGGCUGGCCAACACCAUGAGAGAAGUCAACCUGCUCCCUGAUAACCUGCUUAGCCAGCCCUCCGUCAGAUUGGUUCAAAAAUGGUACAUGCAGAGUUUUGUGGAGCUGCUGGAUUAUGAGAAUCGAAAGCCAGAGGACCCUCACGCCCUGAAUGAUUUCUUGGAGCUCUUGAUUGAGAUCCGUAACCGUCACAAUGAUGUGGUUCCCACCAUGGCUCAGGGAGUCAUAGAGUACAAGGAGAGGUUUGGCUUCGACCCCUUCAUCAGCAGCAAUAUCCAGUACUUCCUCGACCGCUUUUACACCAACCGCAUCUCUUUCCGCAUGCUCAUCAACCAGCACACUCUCCUGUUUGGUAAUGACACCAACCCUGCUCAUCCAAAACACAUAGGCAGUAUAGAUCCAAACUGCAGUGUGGCUGAAGUCGUCAGUGAUGCCUAUGACACAGCAAAGAUGCUCUGUGAGAAGUACUACUUGGCCGCUCCUGAACUCAAGAUUGAAGAGUUCAACAUGAAGGCCCCUAAAAAGCCUAUCCAGGUGGUGUAUGUGCCAUCUCAUCUUUUCCACAUGCUGUUUGAGCUCUUCAAGAAUUCAAUGAGAGCGACUGUGGAGCUUCAUGAGAACAGUAAAGAGGGAUUACCACCAGUAAAGGCAAAAGUCACUCUGGGUAAAGAAGAUCUCUCCAUAAAGAUUAGUGACAGAGGAGGAGGAGUUCCUCUGAGGAAGAUAGACCGUCUAUUUAACUACAUGUACUCCACUGCCCCUACACCAAGCCUGGAGCCAGGAGCUGUCCCCCUGGCUGGUUUUGGCUACGGUUUACCAAUUUCUAGGCUCUAUGCCCGAUACUUCCAGGGGGAUCUGAAACUCUAUUCCAUGGAGGGCGUUGGCACGGAUGCUGUCAUCUAUCUGAAGGCCCUGUCCAGUGAGUCCUUCGAGCGCCUGCCUGUCUUCAAUAAGUCAGCGUGGCGGCAUUACAAGACCAGCCCUGAGGCAGACGACUGGAGUAACCCCAGCAAAGAGCCACGUGAUGCCAGCAAGUCCAAAUACAAUGCCAACAGAUAACUCUGCCCUUCCUGCUAGCCCAGCCCUCUGAUGGGAGUCGAAAUGCCUGCGCUCUGCCUAGAGCAUGUACGAUGAAGUGUUGACCUUGGGUAAAUGCUUGGUUUAGGAUUAGACUGGCUUCUACAUUCCAGUGGUUAAAUCUUUGGAAAAGAUGGAUGACCUUGACUUAAAUCUGUAACCAAUGGCAAUGACCUUCAUCACUGUAGUUUUUUAUUGUUGUGGCAUUAUCAAUGGCUCUCCCACAAUGGAGUUUAAAAUGAACCUGUUCCAAACAAUGGAUCCCCACUGUCUAACCCAAUUUAUAAAUAACUGGUUAUUUAGACGAAUAUUUACAAAUGUAGACUCCAUUUUCUCCUCUGUCUCACCAUUACCUCGACGUAAAUUCACUGCAUCACUGUUAUCGCUCCCUCUGUCUCCCGCAUAGUCGGCUUUGCUGACUAGGCCACUGCUCCCUGUGGCUGAAUAAGCCAUGCACUGCUGAUUGAGUGUCUUUCUCACCAAGAUUUAAGGCUUGUAUUCUGUUUCUCCCUCUCAAACACAAUCAGAGUCAGGGGGUUUUAGUUUCAGUGCAAGUGGGAAAAACAAAAGGUUUAAUUUCCUUCCUUUGAGACGCAUUUCACUGAACUCAAAAUUAAGCCAGUGUGCCAUUGGCAUAGUAAAGACUUGUUUUGGUUGUUCUCUAUUUAAGCCAGGGAAAUGAAAGAGGAUUGCCUAUAGAUGAGAGGCAGUGAAAGCUCUUUUAGAAAAUGAUAGGAAGCAUUGCAUAAGAGGUACACCUUAAUUUUAAAGAUCUAGAAGUCAGGAUUUUUAUUUCAUGUUAUGGUGAAAGCCUUGCUUCUAGGCACAUAAAACACAUCUGAUUUUCUGACUUGAAGGCUUUAUGUUAAUUUAUAAAUGGGGAAUGUUAGAAAUGAAGGUAUAUUUGUUUAACUACUUCACUCUCGAAAGUGAACCAACUGCCCACUUAUAGAGUGUUAACCAGCAAUACUGACCCUCAUCAGACAUUUGUGCUUGCAAGCCAGCUCUGCACCCUGAUUUAACACCUACUAAAGGACCAACUGCGCAUCUGUAAGAUGCUUAUGUAAUGCCACCAUGCUAGCUUUGUCUUUCAAGUAGCUUCAACUACACCAGCAUGAUGUAUUGUACGAACCCUCACAGAGAGGAAUGGACCUGAUGCAUCUCAUGAGGACUAUAAAAGUGGGAUUUCAUCAUUACAUGCCCUUUCUACACUUCCUGCAAACAUUUUAGAUCUGCCGUGGUGGAUACAUAACAUGCUCACAGCUUACAGACUUAUACCCUAACAAUGCUUUAUGCAGUCAGCCUUGUGUCUCACUUGUAUUACUGACCCUUAUGGUUUUCUGAAUGAGUUUGAACAAAGCUUGUGUCAAAUGCAGAGGGAAUUAAUUCAUGACAGAUUUUAAUAUAUUUUAUCCAGGAACAAAGACACAGUUAAUGAACUACUUUUUCUUGGUUGUGCACUAUUUUCUUUUACUUUUCAUCUUUGCCAUUGGAACAGAAUUACUUUUUAUAACGUUUUAUCAAUUUUUCUCUGAUUACUUUUAAAAGUGUGUGGACAGUCUUAUUAAUUUUUCUUUAUUUAUAUGCUAGGAAGUUUAGCAGCACUGAAAUUUGAGUGUUUGGGAAAGCCGGCAGGGGAAAUGUGGAUAGAGGAGCUGAGCUCCCAACCACUAAAGCAUCUCUGGGUACUGAAACAUAGCGUCAUACCAUCCAAUUUUUGUCACAUAAAUCAUGUUCAGGAAUUCUAUUAGUGCACUUUACUAACUCUAAUAUAUUUUCCUUCAAAUGACUUUCAUGUGAUCAAUUCAGAUCUCUAUCAAGAUUUUAUUUGUAGAAGUGCUAUUAUGAUCAGAUCAGAUCCCAGGUCAGCACUUCAUGAUAGAAACAUAAUUUUUGUAGCUAAUGAAAAAGCCCAAACUUAAAUCCAACAUGACCCAAAUCUGGACCCAUUUGUUAAAACCAGAUCAUGGGGAAUUUCAGUAUUCUGAAGUGACUACCUUUUCUCAUCUCCUUUAGCUCUAUCUGUGUGAAAAGAAAAAGAGUUUAGAUGGAGAAUUUUGAGAAACGCUUCAGUAUGGAGAGUUUCCUCAUCCUGUAGGUUCUUCACUUUUCAGCCACACUUUAAGAUUUCAUCACUGCCGAUGCCUUUGAAACCUGCCAGUCUCACUGGGUGAUGCUCGGUAAAAAACUUUCUAUAAAGGAGGUGUUGUGUUAUAGGGUAGACAACAGUCCACUUAAUUUAAAGGCCUCAGUUCACCACCUGAAAUGUGUGGUCUCCCUGUGAACGACUCAUAAUCACAUUUAACACCCAGCGAUCAAUGCUGAUUUCAAGGAUUUAGAGGCCCAAGGAUCUUCCACCUUCAGUAGUUGUCAACCUUUACUGUUAAAGAAUGUCUCCGUACCUAUCGUAUUUAAGAAAUUAUUGGAUAUAGAACUAUGAAUAAUUUGUAUGCUGUAUAUGCAGCCAGUGUGGAAUGAUCAUUCUGUUUUCCAUUCUACUGUACCUCCAGCUUGAAACAAUGUAUUUGUAUGCAUGAACUCCUCAUUUUGGAGGCAGUCAUGCAAAGAUAUGCAAAUAUCGCAACAUCAACACACACCAAAAAGGUGAUAGAGCAGUCUAAUAAUGUGAUUCAGCAUGAAAUCGACUUACAAUGACAAUAAAGAAAAAUGUUGUGGUGUGUAAUCUGUCUUU